AAAAGUGGUAUACAGUGAAUUAGGGAUGGAAAAAGAAAAAGAAUUUCAAUAAAAAAAUUUUAGGUCAUCCAAAUGAGCUUCAUGGCUCUUGCUCAAACGAAAUCCUUGGCGUCUAAUUUUGAGAAUCAAAAGGCUACGUUGUUUUGAAAAGGGAUUGUCAGUAAGAGUACCCUUCAUACAUGUACUAACACCUCUCUUGUUCAAUUGGCCAAUUUUGUUGUCAUGUGUCUGCCCAACAACAUGCUUGUUGGUCCUAGACCUUUUCACUCUUUGUCCAUUAGCCAAUUUAAUUGCCUUUUCGAUCUAUCGUAGAAAAUAUUGGCUGGUCCGAUCCCUUUAUCUCUAGUGUUGUCGUACGUCAGCAUGUUUCUUAAGCAUCGGGCUAAAAGUGAGGGAGGAGAUCCAAGUCCAACAAUAAAUGGAGAUGCAUUUUCAAUAUGGAAUUCUGAUGGAAGGGCUGCAUAUAAAGACAUCAUUAAAGCAACAAACAAUUUCAGCGCCAAAUAUUGCACGGCUUCGAGUGGCUAUGCCAAUGUUUAUAGAGCUGAGUUGCCAAAUAGAGUGGUUGCCUUGAAGAAAUUUCACCCAGGGAAAGCAGAGGAACUAGCUUUCGACGAGAGUUUCAAGAAUGAUCUUAAGGCGUUAACAGAAAUAAGACACAGAAACAUUGAAAGGAUUUAUGGGUUUUGCAUGCAUGGUCAAUGCAUGUUUUUGAUCUAUCAAUACAUAGAAAGUAGAAGCUUAUUUUGUGUCCUUAGAAAUGACGUUGAAGCUGUGGAAUUAGAUUGGCUUAAAAGGGUGGACAUCAUCAAAAGCAUGUCACAUGCUUUGUCUUACCUUCACCAUGACUGCAUUUCACCCAUUCUUCAUCGAGACUUCUCAAGUAAAAACAUUCUCUUGAACUUAGAACUAGAGGUUUUUGUUUCUAACUUUGGAAAUGCUAGGCUUUUGGAUCCAACUGGUUCAUCCAAUUAUACCAUACAUGCUAGCACUCAUGGUUAUAUUGCCCCAGAGCUUGCCUACACGAUGGUUGUGACAGAAAAAUGUGAUGUUUAUAGCUUUGGGGUUGUGGCAUUAGAAGUACUAAUGGGAAGGCAUCCUGGAGAACUAUUGACAUUGUCAUCAUCCCCAUCUUUUUUUCAAAAUGUGAUGCUCAAUGCCAUAUUAGAUACACGUUUGUCGCCUCCAAGAAGCAAAAAUGUUAUCCAGAGUAUUGUGGUUGCUACUAGACUUGCAUUUGCUUGCUUGCAUGUAAACCCCGAGUUUAGACCAACAAUGAGAUUAGUGUCUCAACAAUUUGUUGGUCGCCAAAGACCACUUUUGAAGCCUUUUCAAGCUAUUUCUCUAUUGGAACUGGUGAAUGGAGAAUCUCAACAAAAAGUUACAUGUCAUCCCAAUGAAUAUCAUGGUUCUUCUCCAAAUGAAAUCCUUGAUGUCUAAUUUGGGAAUCAAAAGGCAACUUUGAUUUGAUAAGGGAUUGUCAAUCAAAGGAGUACCCUUCAAUGAGUGUCUAUAACAGUAAUAUACGUUUAGUUGCCUU